AUGGGUGAUGUUGGAGGAGUGAGUUCGAACGGCGGCGUUUUGGUGGAGGAUGACUCUCUCAGCUCGUUUUCUGGGUCGCGUCGGAGGCAACCUGAUCCGGCUUCAAUUACCGAUGAGUGUUUUGUAGAGGCAGAGGAAGCAGCUGAGCAAGUGGUGAAUUGCAUACACUCAACUCUUGACUCAGAGGAGAAGAGAAAAUACGCUUUUCCCUACAGGUCUGUGCUGCUGAAGACGUACUUACCUAAUGGAGAUAUCGAAUUGACUGCACUUAAAAGUCUUAAUGUCGAGGAAUCUUUGGCUCGCGAUGUUCUUGGUAUUCUGCAAGGGGAGCAGCUAAAUGAAAAUGCAGAGUAUGAAGUGAAGGAUGCACAAUUUAUAGAUGUCGAGAAGCUGUCAGGAGGUGGCUCUUUCCUAUUUACUUGUGUGAACAUUGUGAUCGAUAUUUCCUUUAAUCAGCUGGGAGGACUUUCUACACUUUGUUUCCUUCAACAGGAAGCUAUAUCCCAAGAGAGUGAUGAAAAGCUUGAGAACAGUGGAAAACAAAUGGGACAUUUGGGUUGUGGAAGUAAGGUCAGAUGGGAAUGUAUCUACCAGAAAAAUAAUGAGACGACACUUGUUGAAGUCAAGCGAAAUAUUGAGCUGGGAAAUGGUGAAAAGAUUGCUCUAUUUUGGGAAGGAAAUGAACCUGGUGUUGAUGGUAAUUUUAGUUAUAACCAACUGUUGCAGAGAGUUUGCCAGCUAGCAAAUUACCUUAAAGACGUUGGCAUCAAAAAGGGUGAUGCUGUCAUGAUUCAUCUACCAAUGCUGAUGGAGCUGCCAAUAGCUAUGCUUGUUGUGCUCGUAUUGGUUGUUUUUGCUAGGUUCUUUGCUGAAUUUCUUGCCGAGAGAAUCAUGGAUUGCAAACCAAAGGUUGUAAUAACUUGCAAUGUUGUUCGAAGAGGCUCAAAGAUCAUCUAUCUCAAAGAUAUAGUUGAUGCUGCCCUUGCAAACUCUACUCAAAAUGGCUUUGCCGUAGGUGAGUCCUGA